ACUGACGUCAUCAACCCGUGUGUCAUCUUGAACCAUAACAUAACACAGAAAUUUUGGUUAUUCGCUUGGAUUUGAUUAUUUUACAUCUGGCUCUUGCAAAUGUCCAUGUCAUAUGUCAUUUUUGACAGUACAUGCUUGACAUGUUGACAUUGAAAAUGGCGUCACGCACGCGUAUGGCGACAACGUGGUAAUAUUUUUGUAGUGUCGUAGUGUCAGUUGUAAUUUUUCUGAUUUUAUUGAAUAUAUAUUACAAAUUCGGUUUACCCUUAAAUGAGCAAUACAACAAUGAUGCCAUUAGGUGGAGCGCCUCCAGUCCACGGUUCUGGGGGCAUGUCUCAAAGUAACAUCCAGAACAGCAGUUCGUUGACGCCUACAGGCACCUCAAGCAAAUCCAGCAGCAAUCUUAAACCUAACUAUACCCUCAAAUUUACACUUGCUGGGCACACAAAGGCAGUUUCUUCUGUCAAGUUCAGCCCCAAUGGGGAAUGGCUAGCAAGCUCGUCUGCUGAUAAACUCAUUAAGGUAUGGGGUGCUUAUGAUGGGAAGUUUGAAAAGACGAUAUCCGGUCAUAAGCUCGGUAUAAGUGAUGUAGCAUGGUCCAGUGAUAGCCGUCUUUUAGUAUCUGCCAGUGAUGAUAAAACACUUAAAAUCUGGGAAUUAUCUUCUGGUAAAUGCUUAAAAACUCUCAAAGGGCACAGUAAUUAUGUAUUUUGCUGUAACUUUAAUCCGCAAUCAAACCUCAUAGUAUCUGGGUCCUUUGACGAGUCUGUAAGGAUUUGGGAUGUCAGAACUGGCAAAUGUUUAAAGACACUGCCAGCACACUCUGACCCUGUCAGUGCUGUACAUUUCAACAGAGAUGGAUCUCUUAUUGUUAGCAGUAGUUAUGAUGGAUUAUGCCGCAUAUGGGACACAGCUUCAGGGCAAUGCCUGAAAACACUUAUUGAUGAUGACAACCCACCAGUAUCUUUUGUGAAAUUUUCUCCAAAUGGAAAGUAUAUCCUUGCAGCAACGUUAGAUAACACAUUGAAAUUAUGGGAUUAUGCAAAAGGCAAAUGUCUGAAAACAUAUACAGGACACAAAAAUGAAAAGUAUUGUAUUUUCGCCAAUUUCUCAGUGACUGGAGGUAAAUGGAUCGUGAGCGGAUCAGAGGAUAACAUGGUGUAUAUUUGGAACCUUCAAACUAAAGACAUUGUACAGAAACUGCAAGGACACACAGAUGUUGUCCUCUGCACAACCUGCCACCCGACAGAAAAUAUAAUUGCAUCAGCGGCUUUGGAGAAUGAUAAAACUAUAAAGUUAUGGAAAAGUGACACUUAAUACCAUCAUCUGCUAUUAUUAAUGAUAAAGUUUAUUUUUUUAAGGACUUCAAACAAAGAUGUUUAUUAAUGUAUACUCAAGUGUUUCCGUGAUGGAAAUAAGAUUGUUCUGUACAGUACUGUACUAUGUCACUUAAGAGUUUGAUGACAGUAUUGAACUUAUCUCUUUAGACUGUAUUUAUGGUUAUGUAUCGUGUCAUUGCAAUAAAUUAAUGAAUAUGA